UCUAUGGCGUUCAAGCAACGCCGUAGUGUUCUCCUAACAAGCGUAGUGCGUACUAUAAUUAUAUACUUUCCACAAAGGGUUACGUUCGCCCGUCCAAAUUACACAACAUGUAAACAAUAAUUUGAAUAUUAUGUGCGAAGCCUUGAUGCGCGUACAAACGUGUGAGUAAUGAAUUGAGAAAAAGUGAUGUGUACGAAAUCCAAUGUAGAACGCGGGUUUUUCGAAGUUUCAAAAGUUUUUAACCAAAGUGUUUAAUAAAGUAGUUAUAUCGCAAAGGAAAUGUAAUUACGAAGUGACGCUUGCUAGGGUAGAUACAUGAACGCUAGAACUGUCCUCGACCUCGAAGCGCGUCAUAAAGUUUUUCAGAUGCCGCGCAGACGUUAUCGAGACAACAUUUGAUCGAAAAAAACCUCGAUUUCAAUGAUAACCUUUUUUUCCACAAGCUGCAACAACUAAAAAAAAACUAUUUGCAAUUUUCGUGCAAUGACAAAAGUAUUAACGAGAAAAAAAAAUUCAAACUUUCCGAUAAACGAAAACUCAAAUAAAAACAAAAACAAUGUAAACGGAAUAUUGAUAUAAAAUGGAAUACGAUUCAGGCUCGAGUUGUGAAGGCCGUGUCAAAGAUUUGCAAAACUCUGAAGCUCCGGAGAAAAUUGACGAAGCAGCAAACAAUCAAGCAGAGCGAGAAACGUCACUCCAACCGUCCACUUCGCUUAGAUGGUAUGUGGAGCAAUCUUCAAGCACAAGACCAACAACGAUACUUCCUGUGGUGGCCAAAAAGACUCUUUCUUCCCAAGUCAUGGAGUACUAUCACAAAUAUUCUCAAAAUUCUAGUUUAGGUCGUUAUUUUUCCCUCCAAGAGUCCGGUACAACUUGUCACAGCACAAGUUUUCAUCCACGAACUUACGGGUCAGUUCCUGAUUCUAGAACAGCGGUCGAUAGUUAUGUGAUUCUUGCGGAUGAGGAGAGAUCCAGACAGGAUUUGUUGAUUCCUCGGGAGAGACGCAGAUGGGCAAGGCCGCCUCUCAUCGGGCAGCCAUCCGUCACAGAUGCUGCUGCAACAUCAAAUUAUGUUGUGGAUUCUCGUACACCUUCUCCCAUAAGUAAGCGUCCUGUGAAUGAGCCGAUUCCAGAGGAGAGGAACGAAAGCAGUCGGGAAACUCUUGUAGAGCCGAGGGACAAUGAAACAAAACCCAGUGUUUCUCCCACUUUGAGCGUCGCUUCCCACAAACCCUUGGAGUGGGACAGUGGUGCUGACGUUGGAUAUUUUAAUGCUCUUAUUCCCAGGUCAAAAGAAAAAGAUAAACAGUUGUGUACCAUUGAACGUAUGGCACUGGCGAGAGGCUGCUCCGUUGCUAUGAGACUCGAUCCUGAAGGAACCAACGAAUCGACAUCAAGUUCGCGAAUGGGAAUGAAAAAUUCAAUGAAACCAGAUGCAAACUCUACUCCAUUGGUUGGCCACAUAUCAGCGGAAUCUGAGAGUGAAAUAGAAAUAACACCCAUUGUGAAAAAUCACUCCUCCGCCAUUAUGAAAGUAUGCAAUGAAAAAUCUCGAGAGGUUUGUAGUGAAAGUGCUGCUUCUUGUGAGAGUAAAAAACCUCCAAAGUCAGAAAAAAUCCAGCGAGCACCUCCUGUACAAAUAAAGUAUCCUACCGAAGGCUCAAGAUCUAGAGAAACUAGACACAGCCAGUUGUCUCCGCUUAAAAAAAGUUCUUCUAUGAAUCUACUCGCUUUACCUUUGUCGAGAUUGUCCCUCAAGCGAAGUCAAAGCGAGCUCAACUUACGAGCUAAGGAGAAAAAGAUUUUGCCUCUCAUUUUUGAUUCUACUUCCUCUAUCGCAACCAUUGUCAAUAAACCUAUAACUUGCGAUAAAUUCAUUCAAACCAGCCUAGAAUCUUGCUCUCGAGAGUCUAUAGGGAUUCAGGUUGAAGUGACUGAGAGCGAGAGUGAAAAAGGUAAUGAAGAAGCGAAUGGAUCAAAUGAGAAUAUAGUCAAUGGGAAAAAAGAGGAAGAGGAAAAGGAAGAAGAAAAACCUCCUUUGCCUAAAAGAGCCAGUAGCUUAGUACCAAAAUCACUGCACUCCAUUCUCAAAAAUUCUAGUAACACGUACACCGUGCGCGAUCGCAAUGUCCCAUUGUCCAUUCCAGAAGCUUCAAAUGCGGUGGAAAAACCUGAUGAUUCUCGAGAAAAAGAUGACUCUAAAGGAAACGAGGCUAGAGUCGAUGGAGCUCGUACGAGGUAUCGUACCCGAGGGGGUGGAAAAACUUUGGAAUGCACUAGUUCGUCAGAGCCAUCGAGGAACGAGUCGUCCAGUACGAAAUCAGAAAUUCUCGUGGAAGAAAUUACUGAAGAAAACGCGACUGGUCGCGCCUCUAAUAGCUUCGAGUAUUUCCCGGGUCACGUUUAUCAGAACGUAGCAAAUGGUAGCACAAGUCAAGUGUCGUCAUGCGACACUGGACGCGAAUCAAGAUGUUCCACUAUGCCAAACACAAGCUCCAGUAUCGAUGAGAAACUUUGGGGCGACUCGGAUAGCUUGGUCCGAGAUCUUGAGCGAAGCGUUAAUAUUUUAAAGAGUCUCGUUGACGCAAACAAGUGUGACAAACAGGUAAAAAAAAGACUGAUACAUCACGUUAUAAAGAGGCUAGUCACAGCGAAGUAUACGGACGAUAGAAUAGAGCACGAUCUGGAGGAGAAUGUACCGUGGAAUCCGGCGGACACUCGAAACAAAGUAUAUCGUAACGACAUAAUCCAAGCUCUCGUGAGUAACAAACAGCAGCAACAGCAAAAUACGACUGAUUCAUCGGCUGAAGAUUGGCGGCCACGAAAGCGUAGUAGUGCACGUGGCAAUUCGGCGAGUCCCAAGAAAAGUUUGUCGAAAGAAACUCGUGCAUUGAAGGAAAUGAUCGAGCUUGCAGCGAGCAGUCGAGAAAGUACGAACAGCGACAAAUUUCCGUUCGACGGUCACACCCACAGAACUUUGAUGGACGGCAGAAAGGCUCGAAUGGGAUUGAGAAGCGAAGAUCAAAGACGAGACACGAACACGGACGGCGAAAAGAGCCAGAGCUCCGAGUGCUUCAUGCCACAGUUACAAAAUCAGCACAAAAACAAGAGUACAAAUUUAUUUUAUAUUGAAAAGAACAACGAAAAGAUUAGAGAUUCAACGCAAAAUCUCGCCAGGGAUGUUCCGACGGCUCUGACGACAACGAGUACCGCUACAGCGAGCACCACAAGCGCGACGAGUACAAGCACAUCUCAUAGAAAUCUAGUGUCCGAUAGAAUUGUAUUGGUCAAAGAGAGACGCAGAACCGAGACAAAUGAGACUGAUUGGCGAUUGCCUACUACCAUGUCAGAAAGACGUUUCGAACUUCGACGCUGCAGCAAUUCGGAAUCCGGUGACGCUAAACUCAUCAAUUAUGCUGAAAUGGAAAAGAGAAAUCAACUCGUUUGGAUCACCAAUGAAAUCAGUCAUCUUUGCAACUUGAAACGAUUACUCGAAGAACCCAACAAAAAUGAGACUCGAUCGAGAAUUGAAAAUUCACCGAGUAAACAAUCAGCUGAACUACCCGUUAGUCGUUGGAUCAAUCAACCUCACACCGAACAGAAUUUUUCUAGGCAUACUGAUCGAGUCCCAGCGGCUGGAAGUGAGGCCGCAGUCGAGAAUAUUCAUCGAGAAGAACCGUUGAAUGUGAUUUUCGAAAAUCAAUGGUCAUCGCAUGGGAAUUUAGCGAGUGCCCGUUCGGAACGAAAAAUGUCAACGAAGCGCGAGGACGAUAGAACCGACCGAGUGGGACACACUCGUAAACGGAACAGUUGCACACAAACCGGAAGUGACGGAGGACCAAGCGGGCAUUCGAAAACAGGCGGAGAAAUCGUGUCGGCAACGUUACCAGUGUUUGCAUCAACAUCUACAACGAAAAUGGGAAAAGAGAUAAAACCAGGAACGCAAGAUGUUUGCGUUCAAACUCGAUCAAUUUCGCCACAAAAAAUGUCAACCGCCGUUUCAACAUCGAGCCAAAUAGUGACGGAAGCAGGACCAAGAACGCACUCUUCGAAUUGUCCGAAUCGCAAUAAAACGCAGUCUCACAGCGAUGAAAAAACUUGGACGAGAAAUCAAGGCCAUGUCUGUUAUUGCCAAAGAUACGCGGCUCACAGUAGACACCGAGCUUGCAUAAUACAUUCGCCUCAAAAGUUCACACGGGGACAUUCGAAGAAUUGUCCUCGAAAGCCCAGGAGCGAAGAUAGACCGAUUAUAACUCAACCAAUCGUCCGCCAAAUCACUACUCCGAGUUCUAAAAACUUGGACUCUCGUAAAGAAGCGAAAAACCAAUUAAACGCCACCUGCAAAUCUAAUUAUGCGAUUAUUCAAUUACCGGCUAAAAAUAAAACUCGAUGCGGGACAUGUAACCAGGAAAAUAUCUCGCCCGUUAUGAAAACUGGCGCGGGAACUAUCGGAUCUCCGGCGAAAUCGUUCGAGGAAAACGAUUCGAGCGACGCUUCAGUUUUUCCAACAGAUUGUAAUUGCGUCGAUCGGGGAAGCGACGAAAUCCGAAGAAACGAUGGAAGUCGUGAAAAAGAGGAUGAAACUCCCACUUCUAGUUCCGAAAGUGCAAUGGAAACUGAGAGCAGAACUCAGCCUGACAAUUUCUCGUCAUGUUCGAAAUGCGCAUGCAAUACCGAGGAUACUCCAUGGAUAGAUAAGAGAUUGAGUGGCGGCGCUAAUAAACAAGAUUUUAAAUAUUCUUCUGCCACAGAAGCGAAUGGUAGUUCCGAAAAAACCUGCAAAUCUUGUCGAACUUGCGGCACGAUAUGGCCGAUUAAAAACGGAAAAAAUCCUUCUCGGAAAUGCAAAUGUUCGCAGGAUUAUUUGAAACCAGUUGCUUACGAACUGAAAUUUGAUGAAACGAUCAGAGAAAAACCUAAAAAUAUCGGUGGAAAGAAAUCUUCGAAGAGUGAGAAAAUUGUCACCAAAGAUUUGCCCAACAAUACGAAUAACAAUGCGAAAACGCAGUCUAAAGCUACUCAAUCUUCUGAUAUCGAUGAAAAAUUAUUGAAAAAUUGCGCUUGCGCUGGAGAGGAUGAAAAAAGUACUGAAAAUGAUAGAGAUGACGAUGUCAAUCGGGACGAACUUCCAGGAACCCUUAGAGACUUCUUAGCAACGAACAAACCUGAAUUUCUGGAGAACGUGGAAACUCGUCGUCGUUACAUGAGUGAGUUAUCGCAGCUGCGGCAACUGAAGCGUGAAAAGCGGAAGCAAUUUUUGGCGAUAGCUGGAUCGUCGGUUUUUUCAAAGCCACAGCGUCCGCCGAAAGGCCCGACAGCGAACGUCCAGAGGAAACUGAGCGAGUACGAGAUGAGGUUGAGGCUGCGGACGCGUUAUCUGCGAUUGAACGAGGUGCGAAACAAGCGUCGUCAACGUGAGAAGGAAGAGGAUGCGCGACGCAAUCAUCUGAUGGCCAAAUUGUUCGGUCAAAAGUUGCAACAAAAAGUACUCAAAGGACAAGUUGAUCUCUCACAGAGCGUUAGUGUCAUAUCGAACCUUUGAUCCUCCGCUGUAAGAUCUCCAACUUUAAUUUUAUUUAACCAUGACAUUAUUCAUACGAACGAACAAAAAACAAUGCUCUAUGUGUCCACGCGCCAUUGAAAAAGUACAAAAAUGUACAAAGAGAGGGGAGCAUCUGGUGUGGUGAAUACAUUUUCUGGUUCAAUUCGUAUUAAGGUUCUCUUUGUUAUAACUAUUCCAAGAGUAACGUGUUCAACUCACUUCACAGUACAUGCAUACCCAUCAAAAUAGAUAUAUAAAUAUAUAUAUAUAUAUUAAUAUAUACAUAUAUUAAUGCGUUACUGCUUAUAUAUGUGUAUGAGAAGAACAUUUCAUUUUAUAUUACGACUCCCAUACAAAUGUUGCAAAUAAAAAAGCCCAGUGCUGUAGAUUCUAGAGGGGAAUUACCAUUUUGUAAUCCGCGUGCCAUUGAAGCUGUAGAGCCGAAUUUCGGAAUCAUCAUUUUACUUUAAGAAUACAAAAAUGUAUUAUCUCAUGUUGAAGCUCCAUGUUAGAAUUCAGAUCAUUGGAAUGCAACGAAUGGUUAAAUCAAACUUUUCAACAUUCGUCGGCAUAUUCAGAAACGAAAACCCCUGAAAAUCUUUAUUGGCAUUUUCAUUACAAAUCAGUGGAUUCAGUUUAGAAAAAAAAUUACAACAUUUGAAAAAUCAUUUAGGACAAAUGACGAAAUUCCAUUGCAUUCCAAUGAUGAAAGUCGAAUAUUUCAUUCAAGAAUUAUUGGCGACUGUGUGAUUUUGCUAUUGUUUUCACAUUGAAAUAAUGAGCUUUUUGAAUGUCGAAUAUCGAAUGUAACAGCAAAUUAGAAUUCAAUUAAUCGAUGCCAAAUUUAGUGGUAAAUGUUUUUAUGCGAGCUGUGUUCGGCUAUUUUCGAAGUGACACAAUUUCUCACUGAAAUAAAUCGUCCGCAGACGUCGAAUGAUAACAACGGGAAAAGUUUCAUUAUUGGAUUCGUAUGCAAAUUAUUAAUUUUACGACGUCUAACGAGAGCAUUUUUCCUUGGCCGAUUUCGAAUCUAUUUUACGUUCACAUGAUUCAUUAAAACUCAUGACAGUGAGUCUGUUGGUAUAUUUGAAAUUGGACUCCAGUUGUACGAAUCGAUUUUUUUUUCGACUCCCGUUUGCACAGUCGAGCGUUAGUAUAAAAGCGAAAAUAGAAAACAAUCUUUAUAAUUUUAAGGUAUCUCGAUAGGCCGACUUAAGACUGGAAAUGAGUGAUUUUAAAGUAUAUUUUCUGAAUUUUCAAACGACAAUCGAACACCAAAAAUUGAAUCCUGUCAUCAGGAACCUUUGCGAAUAACAUUUCAUCUUUGGAAUUGUUUGUGUAGCUUUAAAUUGCCUUAUUUUGAGGGUUCGAGUGUUAUAAUAAUGUUUACGAAACAUAAUUUUGUUGUCAUCCUUCUGGAUCUCUGAGACUCAUGAAUGUGUACGAAUGUUCGAUGUAUCUCGAUUAUCUCAUGCUGGAAUCUCUCGAGAAAUCGUUUUUUUAAAUUGCAAAAAUUGGUUGUCAGUGAUGUCA